AUGAGACAGUCUCACGAGCUGCCGUUCCAAGGACGCAGUCCAGAUCACGUACCAAGCGGUGGCAAGAAAGCAAAGCGCCCCUCUGUUUCUCACAUUCCUGCUAUUCCUGUUGUGAAUCCAAGCGGAGGAAAAAAGAUGAACCGCGUUGCUAAGAAGCAAGAGUCAUGGCUCGGCUGGGUGAUAAAUGCUCUAGGUACAGCUGGAGAUGAAAAAGAAGAGGAUGCACUAGUUUCUGAGCUGCUUGCCGAGACAAAAAUGGCCUUGCUUAAGGUACAGCCACCAAGCAACCACGGUGAUGAGGAUCCACUGGUCAUCAAUGAUGCAGCUACUAAGAUAUUUUGUGUACGGCUGUGCAUCAGCUCGGCAUCUAUGAUGUUGCGGAAGCAUGAAAGUGCGGGUCAAGAAGUGGAGCAUCAAGACUUUGCGACCACCGAAAGCGGAGAAGAGCUUGUGCCGGUUGUAAACCUGGGCUUGGUGGUGAGGGUUAUGGCGCAAAAGACAAGAAGAAAAGUAGCUCGACCAGCCGUACCUAUUUUGAGCAUACAUCUCAGCUACGUUGCGAUUGAGGCGCUUCUACCACGCAACGGAGAACAAAAUGGACUCGAUUUGGUGCUCGAAAUCGAUAAGGUCGAGCUGACAUCGGUGACAGUCAGCGAAAAUCGAGAAGAUUUGACAUGUAAAAAAGGGCAGAUCUUGCUCACGUGGGGGCUCAACUGA